AUGGGUGUCAAAGACUUAACGAAACUACUGAAACGACACGCCCCCGAGGCUUUAGUCCUCAAAACAAUUAACGAUUUUCGAGGAAAAACCUUGGCUAUCGAUGCCAGUGUAUUUAUACGUCGCUUCGUGAAAGGCGCGCCGCGCAACAAUGAAAUUCACCAGUAUCCUCAUAUUGUCGGAUUCUACCACUUGACAAUGUUUCUAAAGCAGCACAACAUCAAACCGAUAUUUGUGUUUGAUGGCAAACGACGUGUCAAAGAGAAACACCAGGAACUUUUGAAACGAAGGAUAUUACGUCAAAAUACCAAUACGGGACUAAAGUUUGAAGAGAACAGAAAGACACGGUUGGAAAAGUGGGAGAAUGUUGUUGAGAAAAUGAAGAAUUUGGAGGAUGUAAAAUCCGAAUUUCUUACUACAGGGAUCAAGGAUGUUGCGGUAGAAAAAUUUAAAGAGUUGGAAGUAAUUCAUCCGGAUUUAGUGUCGCCGCGAAUCAAAGAUUUAGUUAAUCAAAUUGGACGUGAAAUUCAAGAUAUAGAUUCGGAAAUUACAUGGGAGACACCUAUGAGAUUGGAAAUAGUUGCUCAACCAGAACCUAUUAUUACGUCGCCAGAAGAGAUUUCUGUUGAAGAAUCUAAAGAAGAGCCCGUUGAAAUUCGCCAAGAUGAGGCAAUUAUAGAACAAUUCGAAGAAAUUGAAACCUUUGAGAAAGAGCCUUUACAAUUAGACACAAUCGAUAUAAGCAAUUUAAUAAUAAUUUCCGAAGCAUUCGAGAGAUUGAUCGUCCAACUCAUUCAACUAGAACCUAUUACUACUACUACGUUACCAGAAGAAAUUUCUGUUGCUGAAAAACCUAAAGAAAAGCCCGGUGGAAUUCGUCAAGAUGAAGCAACUACGGAAAAACCUAAAGAACCCGUUGAAAUUCGUCAAGUCGAGACAAUCACGGAAAAAUUCGAAGAAGUCAUAAUUUCUGAGAAAGAUCCUAUACAAUUAGACACAGCUGACAUAAACAAUUUAAUAGUUUCCGAAGCAUUUGAGAGAUCCAUCGCCCAACUCAUUCAACUAGAAUCAAUUACUACCACAUUGCCAGAACAGACUUCUGUUGCUGAAAAACCUAAAGAAGGGCCCGUUGAAAUUGAUAUAUCCACAAAAGAUGAGCAACGCUUAGAUGCUGAACUCGUUAUGGAAAAAUUAGAAUCUGUUGAAAUUGAGAUGCCGCCAUCGGAUCAAGAAGAGAUCAAGAUAAUUACAGAACCUUCAAGAGUAGAGGAAGUUAGUUCGCUUGAUACACCGUUGAUCGAGAAGACAAUAGUUGAUAUAAUACAGGGACCUCUAGUAGUUACCGAAGAACCUGCGAUAAUAAAAGAGGAAUCUGUAGUUACCGAGGACAUUGUAUUUCGAGCGGAACCUGCAGAGAUAGCCAAAAUUGAAGAGUCUAUAAUACCAAUAAGUGAGCUAAUCGAAGAAGAAAUUACAAAGGUAGAAGAACCAAAAGUUGAAGAAAUUGUAGCGCUUCAAGAACAUGAAUUAAUAAAAGAAGCAGAUGCCGAGGAAAUGAUAAGUGAAACCGCAGAAGAACCGAUAAUACUAGAGCCCGAUCAAGCUCAGAUAAUUCAAGAAACGGUUGCAAAAAUACAAGAGCUUGAUGUCACAAUUGAAGAGAGCAUUCCAUUACGUAAAGAAGCUGAGGACGUAAUGCAAGGUGCUUUUGAGAUGGUAGAAGCAAUGGCACAAAUGGGCGACGAGAGAACAUUCAAGGAACGACAUCCAAGUUUUUCGCCCACAGAAGAAAUGUUGGAUUUGAAAAAAGAGGUCGAAGAUAUAGUCAAAGGAACACUAGAUGAUGUAAAAGAACUAGUAAGUACUAAAGCAUACUCGAAAACACAACUAAACUUUAAGAAAGUCGAGUUCCAUAUUCUUGAUACUAUGGUAUCCGGUAAAACUGAUGAAGAUCUCAUGAGAAAAGUGAGCACCGAAAGUCAUAAUCUAGUGAUAUCAUUACAGAGGCGAGUUGCACCGAUUACCUCCAAAAUGAUUUACGAGAGUCAAGAAUUUCUACGCUCGUUAGGAAUGCCAUGUAUAACAGUUGAAGAUCAUGAAGCGGAAGCCAUGUGCGCAACCCUGACUGCGAAUGGAAUAGCUGAUGCUUCGGUUACCGAGGAUAUGGAUACCGCAUUAUUUGGUGAUGGCCCAUUUUUGCGAUUUUUCCUAUUUAAGAACAAACCCAUUUUAGAAAUUUCUUCUGCACGAGCUCGAGAACAAUUAGAAUUAUCUCAAGACGCGUUUCUUGACGUUUGUAUUCUCUGCGGCACAGAUUUUGCCGAAAAAAUCAAAGGAAUCGGUCCAAUGAAUGCCUAUAAACUCGUCAAAAAACACGGCUCAAUCGAACGAGUCAUUGAAAAUCUCGAUCAGAAAAAAUAUCCGAUUAAACCGGAUUUCAUAGAAGAAGUCCAAGAUGCCCGAAUGGUAUUUAAGAACCCGCCGCCGUUGCCAAAACUUCGACCACAAGACCUGGAAAUUAAGCCACCGAGCGAAAAAAUUCCUUUAUUAUUCGAUAAAUAUGAGAUUAGUGAAAAUGUGGGCUCGUAUGAUUUCAAUGAAGUCUUUUUCAUAGUUUCUCAUAAUAUGGGACCUGAUCCGUUCGCUGGAGCUUUUCAAACGCAUUCUAAAUUUUAA